AUGGCAGGCUAUGACGCCGUCCCCUCAAAUGCCAAGGUGAAGUUGGAUAAAUUCACCCUGUCAAUCCCUGACCAGGAACUAUCAGAGUUCAAGGACCUAUUGCGACUCUCCAAGCUGGCCCCACGUACAUACGAGAACCUGCACACCUAUGAUGGCAAGUUUGGUGUCAGUUAUAACUGGAUGACGAAGGCGAAAGACUACUGGCUCAAUGAGUAUGAUUGGCGUGACAUUGAAAAGUACAACAACUCGUUCCCGAACUUCAUCGCCCAUAUCAAGGACGACGACGGAGAGGAUUUCCGCAUCCACUUCGUAGCUCUCUUUUCCAAGAAGCAGAAUGCCGUCCCCCUCCUUUAUAUGCACGGUUGGCCAGGAAGCCACCUUGAACAUCUCGACAUCAUGGACCUCUAUCGCAAAAAAUACUCACCAGAAGAGCUACCUUACCAUGUCAUUGCUCCGUCGCUGCCAGGGUGGACUCUCAGCUCUGGUCCGCCUCUGACCAAAAACUUCGACACCGAGGAUAUUGCUCGUAUCAUGAAUAAAUUGAUGGUGGGUCUGGGUUUUGGGAGUGGUUAUAUUUGCCAGGGCGGUGAUAUCGGCUCGUUCACGGCCAAGGUUAUGGCGGGAACUUAUGAUGAGUGCAAAGGUGUCCAUUACAAUUUUGCCGUAUCCAGCGAGCCACCCAAAAACGUCGACGAGAGUCUGAUUACCGAGGCUGAGAAACACGCCAUGGAGACGCGCAUGAAGGCAUUUAACCUGACCGGGAACGCCUAUGCUCGAGAACACGGCACCCGACCGGCCACGAUUGGGUUUGUGCUGGCGUCCAGCCCGCUCGCCCAGCUCGCAUGGAUCGGGGAGAAAUUCAUCGAAUGGACCGACGAGACGCCGCCUCUGAAAAACAUCCUCGACUCCGUCACGUUGUACUGGUUCACCCAGUCUUUCCCACGUUGCAUCUACUGCUACCGCGAGUUUUCUGUUCCCGGUGGCCGGGGCCUCCCGCACGGAAACCCCAAGUACAAGAACGACAAGCCGGUUGCAUACUCGUGGUUCCCGAAGGAGCUCGCGCCGGUGCCGAGAGCGUGGGUGCUCGCGCAGGGCCACAACCUGGUGCUCUUCCGACAACAUGAAGCGGGCGGCCACUUUGCGGCAAUGGAAAGACCCCAGGAAAUGCUGCAGGACAUGGAGGACUUUAUCCAGAAGAUCGGCUGGCCCGUGAAAUGA